AUGGCACCUAAGAAGGACGUUAAGAAACCAGCAGCAGCAGCAGCACCAGCACCUGCACCUGCACCAGCACCUGCACCAGCGCCCGCUAAACCCAAAGAACCAGCAAUUGAUCUCAAGAGCAUCAAGAUCGAGUUCUCCAAGGAGCAGCAGGAUGACUUCAAGGAGGCUUUCCUCCUCUUUGACAGGACUGGUGAUGCCAAGAUCACCCUGAGCCAGGUCGGUGACAUCGUUCGGGCACUGGGACAGAACCCCACAAACGCUGAGAUCAACAAGAUCCUGGGCAACCCCAGCAAGGAGGAAAUGAAUGCCAAGAAAAUUACUUUUGAAGAGUUCCUGCCCAUGCUGCAAGCAGCUGCUAACAACAAGGAACAGGGUACCUAUGAAGACUUUGUUGAAGGUCUGCGUGUUUUCGACAAGGAAGGCAAUGGCACAGUCAUGGGGGCUGAACUCCGUCAUGUACUGGCUACGCUGGGUGAGAAGAUGACAGAAGAGGAAGUAGACGAACUGAUGAAAGGUCAGGAAGACUCCAACGGCUGCAUCAACUAUGAGGCAUUUGUAAAGCACAUCCUGUCUGUCUAAGUGGACAUCCCCAGAUAACAAAUGAACAAGUUGAAUUCGGAAAGACCAGACGGCACCUAAGAUCUGCCUGAGUGAAAUUCUUGCUCUGGCAGCCAUCAUCAACAUGGAAACUGCAUAGGACUGAACGAUAUGCCUCCAAACCCUCUACUUUUUACCAGCGCAUCCAUAGGCAUUGCCUCUGGGUCACUUCCAAAAACUGAACUUUCAUCAAAGAGAGCUAGAUGGAAAAACUGCUACCAUCCAGCAUCCAUCCAUCCCAAGCAUCUCUUUCCAUGUUGUUUCCCAUGCAAGAAUGUAAACCCUUGGAAAAAUAAAGCAUCAAUAAAUCCCUGUUGUCACUUUGAGGCUAUAAAGUCUUUUUUCCCCUCUCUAAACCUAUUCAAACCUACUCAAACAAGAACUCAGCACUUAAUUUAUUUCUGUAUGUUGUACUUCACAAAAUAAAGUUUUAUGAAAAAAAUUAUUUAAACAUCUUCAAGAGGUCACUACUUAAUAUGGAUGAUAAGUGCUUUACUGGGAGACUGGGAGGAGGAGUGGUUAGGGAGCUGCCAGGCACAUCAGCACUUAAAUGCUUUUGGGAGAAGGCCACCUGGAGCUGGUAUCAGAACAGCUCCCAGGGUAGCACCUGCCCCAGUGCAGACAGACCCAGAAGCAGCUAUGGUGACCCUGCCUCACAGAGCCAUGCAGAGCCACUCUUCCUGGCAAAGACUCCUUAUUGCUACAACAGUAGGCCCACAGCACAAUUGGGAAGGGAUCCUCUCUACCAGCUGUAUUUAGAGUUUUAUGGACAACUAGAACAAGUGAUCAGGAAUAUUAGACACACAUAAAGGCUCCGCAUGGGGGGAACCAAUGCUGUGGCUGUCAUUCCCUGGGCCAUGUGGAGAGCAGCCCAAUGUCCGCCGAGCAACCAGCUCCCAGGGCUGAACUGUCACCUGCACAUCCCUGUCCUUAAUUGUAGCUCCUUGCUCCUUUCCUUAAGCAUUUGCAAAACUGCUUUAGACCUCUGAGGGUCAGUUUGUUCUAUUAAAAUCUGACUUAGCCUUAUUAAGUUACAGUGCACAACAGCUCCAUAAUUCAAGCACGAACAGGUGCACCAGGGGCAGCUGGCAUGAGAAUAAGCCACAGCACAGCCAGUGAAGCAGCAGCUGCUUCUUUUGCAAGGCUUCCCCCCAAAAAUCUCUUGCUUAAACCCUUCGCACACUGGCAGACAGAGCCAAGCAAGUCUCACAGCUAUGCCCUUCCCAGAGACACAUGCCAGCAGCUAGUUUACAGGUGCUUGCUUCAUGCACAGUGGGAAAAAAAGCCUUUGAUAGAAGCAAAGUGGGAGGUAGUUGUUUAGCUUUGUCCUAAAAAGGCAAGGAAAAGAAAAAUCAAGAUGCAUGAACCAAGUUAUUUAUAGGGCCUCCACCUGGAGGAUGUUUCUCAAAGGACUGCAGACACCCUACUGUUUUUCACCACAUUGCACAUACAUACUCCAUGUGGUUUCUCUUUCCAAGAAAACCAUGGAUCUCAGUUGCUGGGAAAGGAAACAAACAAAAACCAAAACAACAUUUCUCCAUGUAUGCCAUCAGUCUCAUUUCAACACUUCUUUGCCACACCACACCAACCUGCAGUCACAUAACCAGCCCAGGGUUGGACACAGCUUGAAAGACCAAUGUUUCCAUCAUUUCUCUCAAAAAAAAAUUUAAAAAAAUCACAGCUUUUGUUAACAUGUAAGGUACUUGGAGUCCAAUUCCAUGCUAUCAAGAGAAUGGGACAGCUUCUCUAUGCAGAAAUAGGCAGGUUUAAACCACUCAUGGUUAAAAACCCACAUUCAUAUUCUUGUUUAAAGCCAUCUCAUUAUGAGACAUAACCAGUUUGAUAGUAUUUCUCUAAACACUAAUUCAUAAGCAAUAGAAGUGACGUUACCUAAUCUUUCUAGAGUGUGAGUAAUGUAGAGUUCUUUUUUCCUGAAAAAGCAGAUAAAAACUUAUUUCCCACAAGCUGAUGGAACUUUAAUGUAUUUCACUGAGCUGCACAAGAAAUGGAUUUUUAUGCCACCCAAAAGUUUUGGCAGUUAAAAAACCUGCCCAUCCCCAACUUACACAAAUAUCUGUUUAAAAAAAAAAAAACAUAUCCUGGUAAGACAACAUUUUGUGAGUCAUCUUAAAUAAUUCAGUCACUUAUAACGAAAGACCAACUCCUUAAAUACUAGCCUCUUUCAACAAAUUACAGCUUCAACCAGAAGCUGUUGUUCAACCAAAAUGACAUCAACCAGAAAUUUGUAUUCUUUUGAAAGCAUAGAAAUGAUUUAAGAAAUUUUUUAAUUCAGAGAUACAAUAAAUCCAGACCUAUCUCUGAGAAGGUUUUAAUUCCGUCAAUAAAAUGCAUUUCAAAAGAUACCCAACCUGAAAGCACAACUCGGAAACACAUAAACAUUUCUAAUAAAAUGUUCAGGUGCCUUGUCUGUAGGUGAACAGAGUAACCCACUUUGCUUCAAACCAUUUAAACGUUUCACUCGUUUAAACCCACUGCCUCCAUGCUAGUAACCUCUGCAUUGCUCAGAGCUCUGACCCAGGGGGGAUGCUCCUCAAAAAAGGCAUAUUUUUGGCUUUUUAAUUUUUCCUUGUAUUUCUUGCUCCCUGAGGAAAGCAUGUCCAGCACAAGCAGGACCACCACCCUGCAUGGUGGCUGAGCUCCUCCUCUACCCGCAGAGUGCGGCCAGAGAGACCCAACUGCCAGGGAAGGCUGCCUUGCAUCUGCUCAGGCUCUGAAUGGAAAAAGUAAUUUCCAGACUCCGACAUCUGACACCUCUUGUUAUCACUGCAUUUGCUUUGUAUUUUAAAUAGAACAUUGUUAAUGAACAUGCUUUCAAAGCCAGAGAGUUUAACUCCUUGGGACCAGGGCUAAACCCCCAAGGAACAGUCAAGGUGCAAGACACUGGUCCUUGGUAUGCACCACAAGGCAGAGCGACUAGCACUGUGGAGCACGCAUCAUACAAAGCCAAGGCAGAACAGAACGACUGAGGAAAUGUGGACACUGAGCUUAACAUUAACUGUCCCCUACCUACAGGCUGUAUGCUCACCAAAGGACCAGGUCCUUGGCUGGGAAAAAAAAAGAAGCUGUUUUUGUGCUACUUGUGGUGCUUUGCUGUCUCCCAAAUCUAAACAGGCUCCUACACAAAGCAAUUAAACAUUAAUGAUAAGGACAUCAGUAAUGCUUUUCCUAACCUUGAGCCACUGACUUCAGUGGGCAGGAAGGGAAGUUUUUCAAGGUGUGCCUGAUGUGUCAGGAAUAAUUUACUGAUCUUAAAUGUUGUAUACAGUGUGCUCCACCCACCAUCCCAAGCUAAUUUGAACAUCAGAAGCUGUCCAGACAUGUCUUCUCACAACCCUCUCUGUAUGGCUUGCUUUUCUCCCUCUCAGGAGCUGCUAGACAAUAAACAUUUCUCCUUCUCAUCUACAGCCUAAGAAAUCAGUUGUGUCACUUCACUACAGCACAAAGGUAUGGAAGGUGCAUUAAUUACCCUCACUGAAUCAUAUCACAAGAUCAUAGAAUGGCUUGGGUUGGAAGGGACCCAAGGACCAUCACGUUCCAACCCCCCUGCCACAGGCAGGGUCACCAACCUCCAGGUUUGGUACUAGACCAGGUUGCCCAGGACCCCAUCCAAACUGCUCUUGAACACCUCCAGGGACAAGGCAUCCACAAUCUCUAGUACUAUAGGAGCCAGCAUAUAUACUCACUGACAACUCAUAUAAUCAGCUGAAGGCUUGCCCUCCACCUGGAGACAUCUCCAACACUUUUACAUCACAGCAAUAUAUGCAGUUGUUUCCUCUACAGUGUCACCUGGGUCUUUCACACAUCUGCUAGUUCCAGCAUACAUUGUGAUGGAAAACCCAAUAAGAUGAAGCUCAGCAAAUGCAUUUAUCUUCUUUCUGGCAGGCAAACUUGGCUACUUAGAUCACUGAGCCAACCCAGCUUUCACAUCCAUCUUCUCUACUUUAGUACUGAGGCAUUAAGAAGCCACAGUACAUAGAACACUGUUCUCUGAAGAAAGUCCAUUAACAUAAUCCUUCCAGUGAUGUAAGCCUGCUUCCACACUGCAGUAUUUCCCUUCUUCACAUAGCUCCCCUCUUAAUGUAUUCCAUACUAUUAUUACCAGAACAAUUGUUAUACUUGAGUAAAUUUUCAAUCUAAUUUCUGUCUUCAAAUUGAAUAUGAUCAGUAUCUUGCUGUCAAGGCAAACCACUGUUUUUACAGCAGGGAGGCUGAUGUCUGUAAGGAUACGAGGAAGGGCUAAAAUGUGUAAUGAAAACUGAAUUGUUCCUUAGUAACCUAUUAUUUCUCAUUUAUUUUAUGAUGAAAAAUGCAAUACUUCAUCUACCUAGGCACGUACAUUUGUUUCAGAAUGAAGACUGAUAUGUUGCUGAAAAUGUAAGAUUUCACUUUCACAUCUACCUUCCAGAUUAAUUGGCACAGUAUGCAUCAGACCACAGUUUAUUAGAGCAUUAAACUGAACUUUCCAUUACCAAAAUCUAUGGUUUGGGAGGAUGGUAUAGAUUAGUCCAUAAACAUUUCAUUUCUCCACCAAUGUAACGAUGAGUAACAGCACUCCUAAAUCAAACUGUUGUAAAAGAAAGGCUAUUGCCAAUCCUCUGAAAAAGACUUGCGCUACAAAAUGUACAAGAAAGACUGAUAAAAUGCAAUAAAAAUAAGCGCGCAUAUUUCCUCAGCAGCAUGAAAAGUAUCACACAGGUAUUGUUCACACUGAUUAAAAGAAACAGUCAUGAUAAUUGGUGUUUGUAAUUACACUCUAAGACAAAUUCAUUUCUACUUAGUCUUCAAAGUCUGUGUGCACUGUUUAACAAUGUACAGUCCUUCCCUGCAUGAAGGGCAUUUAGUGGCAUGGGGAACGGCACCAGCAGCACGACUCUGAAGGAAUUCAGCUCCUGCCACACCUUGCAAACGUUUGCUGAACCUCGCUUAGCCUCUUCACAGUCUUUAGAGUGAAACUGUGCAAUAAGGAGCAUGUUAAGGGACAGAUAGGAACACAAAGCCUUGAGAAAGCCAGUCACAAAAGCAGCACCUCAUAGUAGCUCCUCAUUUAUGUUCUCUACAGCCAUCUGAAGCAUCUCUUUGGUGCACUGUUCGCUAUACUCUUUCCCUUGCUUUCCUGUUGUAUGACUGGCAACCACUGUGGCUCUGUUCUGCACCAGAGAUCAUGACAAAGGGCGUGAGUCUGAACAGUUUCCAAGCUCUUAAGCAUACCUAGCAGGCCAGUGCUAGGCAGUACAGUUCACAUCUGUCAUGGUUUUAUGAUUUUCGGUUAUUGGUAUUCCACAUCAUAACAUCAUGUAGUGGAUAUACCUGGUUCUCGGAAGAGAAGGACUACUAUAUUCCCCACGGCACUUUGCUCCUCUGUUAC